GCUCUGGACACCAACGCAGCCCCAGUGGGCUGACAGUUAUCUCUGUGUCUGCCGGUUGUGGGAGCAGUGUAUAAGUCUGUGUCAGGAUGAGGGUGAAGGUCAGCUGCCUGUUAGCCUUUGUUCUGGGCUGUAGUGUCACUGCAGAAGUAAAAUAUAAAGUAGUUAAAGAGAAGAAGUCCAUCACUCUGUCUUGUCCUCACUCCACGGAGGGUAAAGUGAUCUGGAGCAUAGAGAAAGGACAGGGAGGCAAAGUGGACAUCCUCACCGCUGGUGGAGAUGCAGGCAGAAACCAGAGUCAGGACCAGGGCGAACGUUACACUUCUUUGGCAGAUAAGUCACUGCACAUUAGCAGAGCUGUCGUCUCAGACAGCGGGAGGUACUUCUGUAACGGUCAGCUAGUUGUGCAGCUGUCGGUGAUCCCUUCAGCUCAGCGGACACGACCAACAGCAACUUCAGCACCAAAAACUUCAGCCGCAAACACUGUUUCCCGCUCUGAGUCAACGAGUGAUCGACCUCCAAGAACAUACCAGAGACAACUCCUCGUUUUGGUGUUAGGAAUAGCUUCCGCCCUCCUCCUCCUCCUCCUCGCAAUCAUCAUCAUCAUCGUCUUGUCCACUAGCAGAUGUGGGCCCGACAAACCAGGAAAUGAAGAAAGACACCCGGUCUACGAAGAGAUAAAGGAUGGAUGUGCGUGUCAUCCUACACAGGAUGUGGAAAGCUCAGCUGGGCCAAAAGCUGCGUACUGCAUGAUCACUUUACCAGGUCGAUCAAGCCAUGUCAAUCCCUUGUAGUCCAACAUAUUCAGUAAUCCUCCACGGACGAGAAACAAGAACGACACACCCCAGCCCCCCGUGUUCGGCGAACGGGAACCCAAAGCCCGGUGGAAAAAGUAAAAGUGACUUCAAUCAUUAGCUCUUCAUGUUGGCUUGGAGGCAUUCGCUAAGACACCUUGUGUGUAGCGGAGGUCGACUGGAAGAAAAAUAAAGUAGAAUGGGACUUAUGUUAUUUUAACGUGGAAUAUGUGUAUAAG